AUGACAGUGCCUGAGGGCCAAGGUUACUUCCUGAUCCAAAUUCAAGCUCUCAUCUGUUCGCAGGCCACCACGCCGUCCACCUGCCGAAGCUGCAUUCGGGGAGCCGGCUACAUGAACCUGCUUCUCUCCCCUGUGUCGACGAUGCAGAGCUUCAUGACCACGGUGAAGAGUUGCAUCACGAAUGACACGAACCUCAAGACGAAAUACGGCACUUGCAGUACAAAUCUCGAUUGUCCCAUGGUUAAAGAGAGAAAGAAAAAGUAUAGAAUUAAGGCUGUUGCUGUGGGAUUUUUCAAGCAUUACACACGAGAACAAAUGGCUCCACUGAAUGAUGUAGCAGGGAGGAAGGGAAGAGACUGCAGUGUACAUGAUGUGUUUGGGGAAGUGUGCCAUUACAUGGAACACCUUGAUCAGCUUGGAGACAGUGACACUGAUCUACUUGUGAAUGAUGAUAUGUUCAAGUCCUCCAAGCACCAGGUGAAAACAAAGACCAGAAGGCCAGAAAUAAAACCUGCACAUGAACCAAGCUAUGGUCAGAUGAAACCUUGCUUCAUCUAUCGCCUGGUGACUGACAACUGCUUGGAGAGAAAGAUGUAUGAUCGGCAAGUGAGCAAGCAAGGUGUAGCUGAUCGGGUUGUUGAUGAACUGAACCCUGACAAUGUUCUCUGGACACGGGACUCCACCAAUCUCCUCAGCCUUGAUGAUACUGAACCUCCAGAGAAAGAUUUUGCACCACAGGCUGAUGACUUUGCUGAUCAAGUACUGAAAUGUGUCUUGAAGACUCAUGGAGCACACCUUACCAAGGAACCCUUUGCUCAUGAAUCACUGCUGAUUGAUCGCAAAGACAAGAAACUGAGUGAGGCUGAAAAGCGACUAGCCAAACGUAGCUACGAAUUAGAGAAGCAGCAGGCAACUAUGCGUGCUCCAUAUGGUUCCUAUAGCUAUGGCAAUGCACCAUACAUGCCUCGUAUUGCUGGAGGGAAUGUCUUUAUGAAUCCCCGUGGAUUUCAACCUUCAUUUAUGAACCGAGGUCCUUUCCCAUAUGGCAAACAAGUGGGCAAUGCCCUUCCUAUGCAAACAGAACUUCUCAAUAAGGUGACAUCCAGCCCAUUGCUGGCACGGCAGGGCCUUACCAUGCAGCAGCUUACAAUUCCCAAAGAUGUGAUGAUACCCACAACAACAGGAGAUGGUGCUCCCAUUCGCCUGCGGGCUGGUCAGGCAGUAACAGUGAUACGAUCCAUGAAGGGCAUAUUUCUUCGCCUGCAAGAUGGAAAGCUUGUGGCCAUCAAGCUUCCCCCUGGGGCACAGACGCCUGGUCUGAACCGUGUAAGCACAGCCUCAAAUGGUCCUGCUGAAGUCAUCAACUUGGAUGAUUCAGAUGAAGAUGGAGAGAAAGCCAAGAUGACACCUCUUGAACCAACUGUAAGUGAGAGUGGCUCCAAUUUGACCCUAACAGGACUCCUGGAGUCUCAGAAGCAAACAAUCUCAGGCCCUUCAGCUGAAAGCAGCCAUAGCAGCAGUAGCAAUGGCAUGCCAACUAAUGCAAUGGAAUAUCUCCAUGAUGCGUUAUCGAAGCCAGCAAGUGCAUUUCGCAAGCCAGACCAAGAGGCUGAUCUCAGUCAGGAACUACAAGAUCUUCUCAAGACACCACCAAAUUCUGUGACAUAUCAGAGACCUGCUGGACAAGGGACUCUUACAAUUACCCCAGUCACAACUUCUGAUGCCUUCAAAGGCAGAAAUACUUCAGUGAGUUUGGGACCAAGGGCUCAGAUGGCCAACUCAGCCACAGUGAGACGAGGAGUCCAAUGGCAAGGAGCCAGUUCAAACCGUGGUCCUUACAUCGGGAGGGCACUGCCAUCUCAGAGACCAAUGGUUCGAACUGCUCAAGUUCAAGCUUUAAGACCGUCUCUGCCCACAUCAGUUCGCAUGGGUGUUCCGAUAACGCGUGGUCGACCUCCAACACCAAGUCGGGGACCUUCACCUCUGCCCAGUAGACUGCCCUUUGCAAGUGGUAUUCCAAAACGAGGAAGUUCUCAUGGAAUGCCACAGGCACACCGAGGAGGAGCUGUUCAUGGAGCCAGGGGGUUGAAUCGCAACAGUUCCACAAAUGCCUUUCCUUCCCACACAGGACCUGAGUAUCAGUCUGGAUUCAAUCGUACUCCUUUGCCAUUCUCCUCUGGAAGCACUCAAAGCAGAGGGGCAUUUAAUUCAGGAGUCUCUCGACACAAUUCCAUCAGUCUCCCCAUGGGACGAUCCACUACUAUGAGCCAGCAUGGAGGGCAUGCACAGAGUAUCCCUCGAAGUAGUCCUGCCAGUCCUUUAACUGUUGGGAAGGCCAGCAGCUUGCCAAUGACUGCCUUUCAAGACUCUCUUGCCAAAGACAGUCUCAAUGCAAAAAAAUCAUCUGACAAUGCUGGUAUCAUAGGAAAAACUACUAUGCAGAAAUUCCCAGGACAACAAGGUACACCAAUGGCAUGGAUGCAAGAAGAACCACAAAAAGUCAUAGAAACCAACAAAACAGAGCCUCAACUGCCAUUCAGCUUACCUGGUCUUCGGGAAGACUUGGUCAUCAGACCUAGUGAAUCACAGCAAGCAAGGAAAACCAUACCUGAGAAGCAGGAUGAAGCAUCUCUGCAUCGAUCAAUGUCAAUGCCUGCACAUUUGAGUGCAUUGGGUACAACUGAUGCUCCACUUCCUGAAGUUGAUUUUGAUGUUGACUCCUUCCUAAGACAAGCAUCAAAUGCUGAUGAAGGUCAACCGAGGAGUGAGGCUACUGCAUCUAAGACAUCAGAACCACAUAGGAAAGGAAGCGUUUUGGAUGUUCAGCAAAAGUCUGCUGAUUUUCGCAUGAAGGAAGUGGAACCUAAGACUGCUGCAAAUCCACCAUUGUUACCUUCAGGCAUGGAUAAAAUUCAGCCUAUGGUCGGUGACCACCAAAGCGAAAGACCUGGACCUUAUCCUCUCCCCCCAUUCCCAAUGUGGGGAGCAGGGCCUUCAUUAUCAGCAUUUGACUGGACACCAUUUUCCCAGGCAGGAAGCUGGAAUGCUAACUGGACACAACCACCGCCACCACCACUACCACCACCUCCAUAUGCAUUACCUUGCUAUCCUGUCAGCAUGCAGCAAGACUAUCUGAACACUGGAUCGGGAGAGCUCUUACUUGCAUAUGGGAAGGAGGAGAGAGAUGAAGGCAUGAAUGGUGUAGUAGAAAAGCGGAUCCUUCCCCCAGGAAAGGAAAGCAGUGCUGGACGUAUUCAGGGUCUCUCUAUUCGCCCACCCACUGCUUCUCACCUCUUCUUGGUGGAUUGCUGUGCCCGACUCUGGGUUGUUCCACUCCUUGUGACUCUGAAACCAGACCUUCUAAGAAUGGAAGAGAAAGAUUCUCCUUGGGGGUAUGAAUCUCCCAUCUCUAUCCCUUCCCCCUGGGGUUAUGAUGGACCCCCCUCCAUCACAUCUGUCCUUUGGUGGCACUGCCGCUGUGGGGAUGACUAUGGCCUCAUUGGAACUUCAACUGGAUUUGUUCUGGCUAUUGACUUGUGCUCAGGGAAACAUGUUCAUUGUGCUGCCAUGUCAGAGGGAGUUUCCAAGCUUCACCUUCUUUUCAAUGCUGCUGAAGGAAUCGUAACUCUACUGGUGACAGGUGAUAAGGGAACCCAAUGGCUCCUGGUUCUAGAAAACCUUCCUUCAGGAUUCUGUUGGGCAGAACAUGGAAAGCCAUCUCCAAUUGCCAGUGUUCAGCCAACCAAUCAAGACAUACGAUCCCGCUUAGCUGGGUUGAAGCAGCUAUCAACUGAGAAACUGACUCUGCUAAAACAGAGAAUAGCUGAGAGACGAACAGGAUCAGGAUUUGACUCACGGGGUGGAUCAGUUCAUCGGUUGUCAGCUCUCCCUCUUCUUGCCCCUCAGAACAUUGUCCCUGGUACCAACUGCUUUUCAAAGCUCUUCACUGUCCGAGAGGGUGGAAAACCUCAUUCCAUAUCUGUCGCUGAGUACUCAUUGGACCUACGGGUGAUACCAGACAUUGUGCACAUGAUGGGGAAGCCUGACCUCCCAUCACCCUCACCUGAUUGCUCCUGGCAGCUGGUUACAGGACAUGGCAGCUUCCUCAUUACCUUUGAAUGGAAUAGCAAUCGACUCAUCCUUUUCCUUACAGGAGGAGAUGAAAGUGGGAAAGCUGUGGCAGUAGAUCGUGGGAUCUUACCUAAAGGAGAAACCAUUAUGACUGUACUGCCUCUCCUCAAUGACCGAGGUGAAACCCCUGGUGAUUAUCUCAUCAUCACCCAACAGGCUGUCUUUGUCUGGUCAUUUAGUUGUGCAAGUGUAGAAGAUGAGUUGUUGAACUGGCUGGUCAGUGGGUCUCAGGACAUCCCAACAACCAUUCGGGACUGUGAGAAAUGGGCUCCCCUUGUCCCUCUGUCUUCCCUGUACCAAAAGGCCUUCAGUGUCAUGCUUUCUCAAUCUCACAAAAAGAUUGCACGGGCUGUUCGGCUCUACUCUGCUAUCGAUAAUGAGGCAGGCAGUUUCCUGAAGCUGCUUAGAGAGAAUGACCGUGUCAUGGAAGCUGCAGCUUGCGUUGAGAUUGCUCUCUCCCGCUCCACAGACUGCUCAUCUAAUGAAAUCAAAAGAUUGCUUCGGCUCAAAAUCCUUCUUCUUGUUCAUCUCUCCAUAAGUGGAAACCAGACCAGAGGCUUCCAGGGAAAGCUCCAGGAAAUGCUGGAGACAGAGUUGCGUUUGGAGGGAAUGGAUGUUGUGGCAACACUCAUUGCAUCUAAGAUGUAUCACACCCUCAUCCAUUAUGCUCGAUAUCAGGGAAUCCUGUCUCUAUCUGUCAGAGCUCUUCUCUCCUGUGACAUCUCUGGUGAUGAAGAGCAUGUACAGCAAUGCCUGACAGAAGACUUUGUGGCAGCAGCAGUUUGGCGUGAUCCACAAGAAGCCAUCCGACACCGGAUGUGGCUUCAGGACCGAGUAUGCUCUUUUGAUGAGAUCAUGCUACGCCGUGCUGCUACCUUAUAUGAUCCUAGUCAACCUGAGGCCUGGCCCUGGCUCCUAUCAACAUCUGAAGCUAUGCAAGGUCACCUAGAGGCCAUGAUUGACUUCUUUCUCUCUCUCCUCCUACAAGCUUCUGUCAGAGAAGACUGUCAAAGAGUGUUUGUUCCUCCUAAGAAGAGAAAUAUUGAAGGUGUAUCAUCACCAAUAUCUUCUCACCUGAAAAGAAAGAACAUUGAUGCAACAGAGGAGAUGUCCCAGACUGGCCAAGAGAUUAUGACUGUUCUGCCUGACAUGGGAAUUCCUGUCUUGUCAGUUGCAUGUGGGAAGAUGCAUAAUUUAGCUGUGACCCAUGCUGGUCUCUUUGCUUGGGGAGUGGGAAAAUAUGGACAGCUUGGCAUUGGGGAAUAUAAAAAGGCCAAAUUCCCUGUUCGAGUUCACAAUCUUGAGCACAAUCAUCUUAUUGAUGUCACUGCUGGACAGUUCCAUUCCAUGGCUUUGACUGAAAGUGGCAAUCUAUAUGCCUGGGGUUGGGGUGUGCAUGGCCAGCUAGGAACUGGAGACAUUGAAGAUCAAAAUGUGCCUGUGCUCAUCAAGAAAGAAUCCUUUCCACAAGGAACUCUCCUGAAAAGAAUAUAUGGAGGUUAUGCACAUAGCCUGGCCCUAGGAGCAGAUGGGAGAGUGUGGAUGUGGGGGUCCUCGGCACAUGGACAGGCUGGAGAUGGAAGCACACACAAACGUCUUUCCCCUACCCUGGUCCCCAUCGAUGGAACUGUGACAUGCCUUGCUACCAAGUUCUUCCACAAUGUCUGCCUCAUCUUUCCCUCUUGGGGAGGGAAUAAUGUGGCUGUGAUUGAUGGUGAUUGGAGUUCAGGUUUGCUCAUCUGCCAGUGGGGUUGCAGCCCAGCCACACUUCGCUGUAUGACACAAUCCCAGCGACGUCACCAAAGAGCUAAAGGUGUCCAAAACCCAGAACAAACACCAGAAAACAGUAAUCCACAUCUCUCUGUCCAAUCAUUCCACAUCUCUCUAUCGGCCCAUCUGGCAACAGGAUGCAAACACACAUUGCUGCUGACUGAGGAUGGGUUCAUAUAUUCAUGGGGUCGGAAUGCCUUUGGUCAGCUUGGUCUGGGUCCUGGAAAGGGAACUGAAGUCUCCAUUCCAACUCAAAUUGUAACAUUUCCAUCUUCCAUCAGAGAGGUUGCCGCCUCAGAUGACUCAUCCUAUGCAAUUGACCAUGAUGGCUAUCUUUGGGCUUGGGGCUCAAAUCAACUCCUUCAGUUGGGGACAGGAGAAGGGGAGGUGAAGGAGAUUCGCAUGGGACGGCUGAACCUACGCUCUCCAAAUGCAUUUCGCAUGACACCUGCCCUUGUGCAAGGAAUUUCUAUGGUUGCCCCUGUUUCCAAACUUCAUAGCAAUGAGAUGGAAUUACCACUUCUUCACCUGUGGGCUUCUCGUCCAGAUCAUCCCCUCACCAACUCCAAAGCAGCAUGUUUGGUCAUCUUGACCGAAGCUUUAGACUGGCUGCAUGGAUUCUAUGAUCCCGAUUGUACUGAGUUUGGGGAAUGGAUGACUGCUGCACACAUUGCUGGCCUCAAGGGUGAUAAUCUUGAAUGUCUCCACUUUGCCCUCAAGGCCUGUGAUGAGGAAAUACAGGCCAAAGCCAUCUUGAACUAUAUAUUUGCCCUUCCAGAUCUUGAUAAAUCUUUGGUACAGUCUUGCCUUGAGCAGGUGUUAAACUGGUGGGAGGAGAAGGGCUGGGACUGGAGCUUAUUGCAGGAUGUCAUCAAAUCACAUUGGUCAACAAUUGUCCAUCCACUUGCAUCUACAUUAUUUCAAUUAUCCAAAGAUGCAGAGAAAAGAAAGCAACAAGAGGCAUGGUUGAAGCAUCUCCAGAAUUCAUUCUGCCUCGACCUGAUUCAGUCAUUGAGUGGAGGAUGUGGGGAGAUGGACAUGCUCCAGGCACUGAAGCUAGUCUUGCCUGGAGAGGGAGGAAGUGAUCCUAGAGGCAGCAGAGCCAUGCUUGCCUUCAGUCAUUGCACUACUGAAACUCAGUGCAUGGUUGGUGGAGGACAAGAGGAUUGUGUGAAAGUUGAAGUCAUGAGUGGAGAUGAGAGAAAAGAUGCUGUAAAAUUGGUACUUGGAUUUCUUCAUGACCAAAUUAAAAGAGGAAAUCUACUGUCUGAUUCCCAGGAGAGCCUCCAGGUAGCCAUAGAAUGCAUAGAAAAUGUGUUUGGAGUGAAGAGUGAUGAAGUGCCUGAGAGUUUCCCUCUGUCCAUAUUGGACCUGGUGAGACAGAAUCGUAGACAAACUGAAGCCACACCAGCACAGAAGCAGGAGGCUGAACAACUCAAAAACCAGGGUAAUGGUCUCAUGAAAAGUGAAAACUUUCUUGCGGCUGCUGACCAUUACACAAAAGCCAUUGAGCUGGAUGGAAAUAAUGCUGUCUAUUAUGGCAAUCGUGCUGCUGCCUUUUGCAAGUUGGACCGAUAUCAGGAUGCUAUCUCAGACUGUGAGAAAUCCUUGCAACUAGAUCCCAAGUACAGUAAGGCAUAUGGACGAAUGGGGCUUGCUUACCUACAUCUCAAUAAUGCUGGGAAGGCUCGAGAAUGUUUUCAUAAGGCACUGCAAUUGGAGCCCAACAAUGAAACAUAUCUCAAUAAUCUGAGUAUAGCAGAAGAGGAAGAAGCCAAAGGAAGAGGAAAUGCUUCAUCUAUGGGGAGUCGUAGUGGUGCCAGUGGUGCAGGAAAUCAGUUUGAUCUCACAUCCAUACUCUCCAAUCCAGCUCUCAUGAACAUGGCCACUCAAGUCAUGUCUGAUCCCAACAUGCAGCAAAUGUUCAGUAAUUUAUUGUCUGGAGGAUUGGGAGGACUAGGAGGAAGUGGAAACCCCAGUGGUGGGUCAGGAGGGCAGGACCAGAAUGAAUCAGGAGGGGGGAUGGGAGGAACAGGAGGUACUGCAGGUAUUGGUGGACCAGGGACACCCACUGACUUCCAUUCUAUCCUGCAA